AUGGCAUCUGGUGGCAUCGCCCGCGGCCGACUGGCCGAGGAGCGCAAAUCGUGGCGCAAGAGCCACCCCCAUGGGUUCGUGGCGAAGCCGGAGACGCUGCCGGAUGGGUCGGUGAACCUCAUGGUCUGGAAGUGCGUCAUCCCCGGCAAAGAGGGCACCGACUGGGAGGGUGGAUAUUUCCCCUUGGCUCUGCAUUUUCCUGAAGAUUACCCAAGUAGCCCUCCCGUCUGCAAGUUUCCAGCAGGAUUCUUUCAUGUCAAUGUCUACCCUACCGGAGCAGUGUGCCUAUCAAUACUUAGCAGUGCGUGGAAGGCUUCCAUCACGGUGAGGCAAAUUCUCAUAGGCAUUCAGGACCUACUUGAUAACCCUAACCCAGCCUCUGCUGCACAAGAUAUAUGUUUUCGGCUCUACAAGAAGGUGGGGAUCCGGUUCGCUGUAUGUGGGUGGAUGCUGUGCCUGUGCAGGACCAAGCUGUGCGUGCAUGAGGGUAUGAUGACGAGGCGGUCGUCGUAG